AUGAAGGGGAGGCAUAUACUGGAGAUCUUCGACUUUUAUUUGCAGGUCUCUUCAGGAGACCUUCGCAAUGUUGUAAAGACAGUAGCUCACCUUCCGAACAGCUAUAACCAGUCUCUCGAAAUCACACUGAAUGACAGAGAUUUUGACAUCGUGGCUCGUAACCUGAUUUUACUUCUCGUUGCAUUGGUUGUCCAGAACUCCGAUCAGGCUAUCGAUUGCAUCAUUCAUCUUUGGUACUCUGCGCUUGUCCGCGAAUCCGAUAUUGACAUCCUGAACAAUCAAAUCCGGCCUUUGAUCCAAGAUGUUUAUGAAAAGGUCAAGAAUAAGUCACCCAACACCAUUUUGGGGAAGACAUGGACAUUUGGAAGUCGUUCGCUGAGAAUUGUUCUCGAGCAAACAUCAUGGACUCGCCUCUUAUCAUUCUUCGACAAGCCAGCCGGCUUAACAGCAAAGAAGGCAUCUAAAGUCCGAGCUGAGAAUACCCUAGCCCACUCAAGAAGAGACUAUCGCGAUCGACACAUGAUCUAUCUCCCGUCCUCUCAACGAAUCCCAUUCCACAAGUUUCGCCAGGACGGACUCUUGCUUCCGUUCGGAUUUCCUCGUCAUGAGUUCAAGAAGCCAAACCCAACUUUCUUCCAGACGGAUGAUACCUGGCCUAUGAGGGAUAAUGCAGAUCCUCUCCACGGAUGGUCUCUAGGAGAGGUUUUUAGUACAACAAGCGGAGCUGCAACUGCUGAUACUUACGGCAAAUUAUUCUAUUAUCUUCGCGGGCUGCUCCAUUCUUUCUUGGAUAGAAUUUUUGAGUUAAAGGUUUCCUUUAAACUUCUCCAUCUUGAUGCGGCCGACCUUCCUGAUCAUCUUGAUGAAGAUUCCUUCAGUCGAAUUGAUACUCCCAAUCAGAACCCACAUGCAACCUUGAUAACCCUCUUCAUGAACGCCGUUGAGGAGGUCAUGACUCUUGAAGAUAGAUUGCAAGGCUUGGCUCCAGACAGCCGAGCAUUAAGAGAUUCACGCAAAUACCUCCCUCUAAACAAAAAACCAGAUUCGAGGUAUGAUCCUGUACUUAUGAAAGUUCAAUAUGCCCAAGAACUCGUCGCAAGAUAUGAACAUGUUUUUGAGAGAUACCUGGAAAAACUCAAGGCGCGCGAGGCUGGUGAUGCUGUGGGCGCGGCGAUGAAGGAAAAACAUAGUAUUAUCGAGAAAUGGCCGUAUAGGUUGAAACUCCGACCUGGUCAGCCAGGAGCUCAGGAGGAGUUUGAACGGUGCUUGAGGGAUGGUGUUUCAGGGAAAGAGCGAUAUAUCGAAUGGAAGAGAGUCCAUCAGGGUGUGAUUUGA